CUGGAAACCUUAGACUGCAGCAGAUUGUAAAUCCGGUUGAUCCUCUGGAGAUCCUGGCAGAUGUGCACUGGACACACAUCCGUGAAAAAGAGGAGGAGGAAAAAAUGGUCCCAACCUCAAAGUCCUCCACCUCCAGAGCAUCCGACCUUCCUUCCAUACGCCAUGAGGCGGUACAGGCGUGGCUGGAGACAGUCCCUGGAGCUCCAUGUGAGGAUAAUGAUGUGGAGGAUGAGCUGGGCACAGAGCCUGCAGACACAGAAGGGCAGGCAGGUGAAGAGGGAGACACGGGUGCAGAGCUGGAUGACGAUGACAUCCCAUCUGAUGCAGAAGCGGAGUUUCGCUUACAUCAAGGUGGCGUAGAAGAGCAAGAACUAGAAGUCUCUGAAGAUGAACAAGGAGCCGAAGGUGCUUCUUGUGGUGUGACAGAAGGUCCGUGCAAGCCAUCCAUCCCUAUCCAGUCAUCUAAUGACAGUGUUCUUCCUCCAUCUCCAGUUGAUAGUCCCAAAGCAAAACAAGUAGAGGAUGUAAAAGAUCCCCUGGCUGAAAUAUCCCGUGCAAUAAAAUCUCCAGAGGCACGCUUUUUUCCUGAGCCUUUCCUUGUUGAAGAAGGAACGAAGGAUGAAAUUCCCAAAGACAGGAAAUUUAAGAGCCCUUUGGUCCCACCAUCUCCAGUGUUAUCCCAGCCAGUUGCAUCAGCAGAAGCCAUUGCACCUACAUCACCAGCAGAGUCUCAGCCAGCAGCACCAACACUGGCUUCAUCCCCGACUUCUGCUCAAAUGCCUAUCUGUUCCCAGCCUUUGCCUUCUGCUGAAACAUCCAUUCCAUCCCCAGUGGAGCCUCCAGUAUGUUUCCAACCUGUCCCAGCCUUAACGUCUACUCCUUUAGCCAAACUGGUCCUCAGGGGCCAGGAUAGUGAGGUGGAAAAACUGGGGAGCCCUGCUACUGCAGAAGAAGCCUUGAAACGGAGUAACCUUGUAGAGGAGUUCUGGAUGAAGAGUGCUGAAAUCCGGAGGAGCUUAGGGCUCACCCCAGUAGACAGAAACAAACGCCCAGAGACAAACUUUACUGUAUCUGCCCUUGAGACAACUCCUCUGAAGACUUUUAAUAGCGAGAAUAUUUCAGGGGAUGGAAGGAUCCCUCUCGUGAAACCCCAGCCUGCCCCAAGAAGACAGGGACUGUCCAAAUUAGAAAAUGAGCAGAUUUCUCUGCUCACUCCAAAAUCUCCAUCAGAAAAAGAGCUAAAGAGUGAAGUAAGGAGAGAUGUAUCCAGCAGUUCUGGACUUGGCCUUCAGGAGAGCUCAUCUAACAUGAGAACUAUGGCUAGCCAGAGCUUCAACACUUCUGACUCUACCAUGCUUACUCCUCCAUCAAGUCCGCCACCACCACCUCCUCAGGAUGAAGAACCAGCCACUUUGCGUAGAAAGAGGCAUCAAGCAGUCUGGCAGAAUGAGGUUGAAGCCAGGUCACCUCCAACACCAGCAUCAACACCUCCUGCUCCCUCUCGCCAUGAGCGGACCUCUGCUGCCAAAGAGUCGACUCAGGCCAAAAAAGACGAUGUGAGGAAGUCUUUUGCAGAGAGUGUGGAUGAGAUUCCAUUUGCUGAUGAUGUAGAAGACACAUACGAUGACAGGACAGAGGACUCAAGUCUUCAUGACAAGUUCUUUACACCUCCUACCAGUAGGCCAAGGCCAGAGAAAGCACUUCUUUUGCCCUUGGUCAGAGAAAAUGGUGGUCCACCCUCAAUGGAAGGAGGUGUUAACCAAAAGAAGAGAGUGUUGCCUGAAAUUUCUGCGGAGGCCAAGGAGCUUGCUGAAGAAAGAAUGAGAGCCAGAGAGAAGUCUGUCAAGAGCCAAGCACUGCGUGAUGCCCUGGCUAAACAGUUGUGUAAGAUGAAAGACAUGGAGAUGGCUGCAGCUGCUGCUGCAGGGGCCACAAGGGCACGAAAGGCAUCUUCUAUGCCCUUGAAGACCAAAGAGUUGUUUUAUGACUCUCCAAAGCAUCUGGCCUUGAAAAUAGCAGAGGGAUCCACACGAAAGCACGAUGCUGCUGGUGAGAAGUUCUCCACUCCUGCUGCUGAUGUGGCUGGACCUGAAGGGUCUGUCACCUCUUCAGAAGGCUCCAGUGGGAAGAGUAAGAAAAGAACUUCUCUUUUCUCCCCUCGUAAGAACAAAAAGGAAAAGAAAUCAAAAAAUGACAGCAGGCUUUCUGAUAAAUCUAGUGGUGGGACAGAAGAAGCAACAAAGCCUAGGUCAUUAUGGAAGUCUGUUUUCUCUGGGUAUAAGAAAGACAAGAAGAAAAAGACGGAUGACAAAUCCUGCCCAAGUACUCCCUCAAGUAGUGCCACUGUGGAUUCUGGCAAGCACAAAACUUCUACCUUGGUUACAGCUGCAGAUUUGCAGCUUCGGCAGCACCUGAGUUUCUCAGAGGACUCUGACCUUUCCAGUGACGAUAUUCUGGAACGCUCCUCACAGAAAUCCAGGCGAGAGUCGAUUUAUGUACCACACGCCUUGGCAUUCAAGAGAUCAUAUUCGUCAAAGAGAGCCUACACAGAAGAGGAACUGAAUGCCAAGCUGACCCGGCGAGUACAGAAAGCUGCCCGUAGACAAGCCAAGCAGGAGGAGCUAAAGAGGUUACACAGAGCUCAGAUCAUCCAGCGGCAGCUUGAACAAGUGGAAGAGAAGCAGAGGCAACUCGAGGAGAGAGGGGUUGCUGUGGAGAAGGCCCUUCGGGGAGAAGCAGUUGAGCCCAAUGCCGGGACACCACGUCGUAGACCUCUCUCCUUCUGCCCUUGCUGUGCCCAUGAAGGCAUGGGUAAGAAGGAUGAUCCCAAGCUGAUGCAGGAGUGGUUCAAGCUGGUGCAGGAGAAGAAUGCCUUGGUUCGCUACGAGUCCGAACUGAUGAUAUUCGCUCGGGAGCUAGAACUGGAAGACAGGCAGAGUCGAUUACAGCAGGAACUCCGGGAGAGGAUGGCAGUAGAAGAUCAUUUGAAGACAGAUGAGGAGCUCUCAGAGGAGAAGAGGAUCCUGAACGAGAUGCUAGAAGUAGUGGAGCAGAGAGAUUCUCUGGUGGCUCUCCUUGAAGAGCAACGUCUUCGAGAAAAGGAAGAAGACAAGGACCUGGAGGCAGUCAUGCUUUCCAAAGGUUUUAGCUUGAACUGGUCCUGAGCUUAACACAUUUACCUCUGCUGGUCUGUGUUGUCCAGUUGGCCUACCCUGAAUGCACCAGAAUUACAUGGAUAGGAAGAUGUUGAAGAGGAGACCUCCAAAGGGUCUGACAGCGUGCAGAGAUUUGGUUUGAAGCACUCAGAAGCCUUUUGAUAAGCAUGUUGGUUCCAGAAGCUUAAGUUUUACAUGUCUGCAAGCCAAGUUGAAGAUAAUGAGUUGAGACUGUGGAGUCUCCUUGAGGUCCUAUACAAUGGACCGUAUUUUUGUGUGUGUGCUAGGAAGGAGAGGAAUAAUCCAUGUGUGGGGAAGGAGGUUAAGGGAAGAAGUACCCUUAACUAAACUGGAUGUAUGGAAGUCCGUUCCUUUCCCGUUUUUACUACACGAGUUCUAAUAAAAGGGAGGGAAGUGGCAACCCUCUCUGGAAAACCACAGCAGCCUGUAGCAACCUAUAUGGUGGAGUCAGCUGUCUGAGAGAGCUCCAGAAGCCCGGGGCAACACCUUCUUUGCUUUAGUCUUCCUCCCCACCAAAGAAACCUGCAGUUGAUCAUUAUCCAUGGAUAUAAAGAAAUGUGA